GCCUCGGCCGCAGUCUUCCAGGCGCGCUGCCUCGGCGACCCCUGCGCCCCGCUGGCGGCCAUCAAGGAGUUUCUCUCAACGGGGCCCGGGCUGCUGGCCCUCGGCGGCGGCGGCGAUCGCGUCUUCAGCAAGGAGCGCGCCGCGCUGGAGGAGCUGCGGGGCCACCGCAACAUCGUAACCUUAUACAGUGUGUUCACCAACUGUACUUCUGCCAAAGGCCCAUCGUAUUGCCUUUUACUAGAGUUGCUGGAUAUCAGUGUCUCAGAGUUGCUUGUGCAUUCUAGUCAGCAUGGCUGUUCUAUGUGGAUCACUCAGCACUGUGCACGGGACGUCCUGGAAGCCCUGACGUACCUCCACCAUAAACGUUAUGUUCAUGCAGACCUGAAACCACGCAACAUUCUGUGGAGUGCAGAGGAAGAGUGCUUCAAGCUCAUUGAUUUUGGCCUCAGCUUCAAGGAGGGGAAUCAGGAUGUGAAAUACAUCCAAACUGAUGGGUACCGAGCGCCUGAGGCUGAGCUACAGAACUAUCUAUCCAAGGCUGGAGUACAGGGUGGAACUGAAUGUACUUCUGCUGUUGAUCUUUGGAGUCUUGGAAUAGUAUUACUGGAGAUGUUCUCAGGAAUGAAAUUGAAACAUAUUGUCCAAUCUCAGGAAUGGAGAGCAAAUAAUUCUGCCAUUAUUGAUCACAUUUUUGCCAGCAAAAGUGUGGUAAAUUCUGCCAUCCCAGCCUAUCACCUCAGAGACCUCCUCAAAAGCAUGCUUCAUGAUGACCAAGAAAAAAGAGCUACUGCUGCAAAGGCCUUGUGUAGUCCUUUCUUCAGCAUUCCUUUUGCUCCCCAUAUUGAAGAUUUGGUGAUGCUUCCCACUCCAGUACUAAGAUUGCUAAAUAUUUUGAGUGAUACUUCUCUUCAAAACGAAGAAGAAUUUGAAGAUGUAGUGGAUGACAUAAGAGAAGAAUGUUCCAAAUAUGGACAAAUAGUUUCCUUGUUUGUUCCAAAGGAAAAUCCAGGAAAAGGACAUGUUUUUGUUGAGUAUGCCAAUGCUGGUGAUUCCAAAGCAGCCCAAAGAGCAUUGACUGGGAAGAGAUUCAAUGGCAAAUUCGUUGUGGCUACAUUUUAUCCACUGAGUGCCUAUCGGCGGGGGUAUCUUUACCAAACUGUGCUUUAGUCCAGAAAAUGCACAUAGAAAAAACUGUGUCACUUUGCCAGAAUGUUUUCCAGAGAUGGAAUCCUUCUGAAUCCUCUUUCAUUUCCUUUCUAUGAGUUGCACAAAGGUUUUAUUUUAACUACAUAUGAAUUUGCUUCUGUCUCUUCUUUUUAUUUUUCUCUGGCAACUAAAACUCUAGAGAAUGAGUGCUGAAAUUAAAAGCAGAGUUCAGUGUGACAGAAACUGAGUGUCAGCUGAUAAUUGUAACUCUGAACUCAGAGCCUCCAAGCACUGAUUGGUGAUGUGUUUGUUGCUGUUGUUAUAGCAUCACUGGAGCCCCUCAUGCUACAAACCCUGGAAGAAAAACAGUGCUUUUCCUGCUAUAGAGUGUUACGUUUACGAAUCAUAGUCAGUUUUCUAUGCCUUUAUGUACCAGACCUGAGCAUAUAAGGUCCUCUGCAGAAUCCCUGGCAUUAGCAAUAGUGUUAUCUCCUCAUUAGAAGAGAAUGAGGUCUUCUAAUGCCCUUGCAGCAGGGGAUGGGUGGACUUAAUUCAGAUGUACUUGGGAACCAUAGGCAAGCUCUAGCCAGUGACAGUCUUGCUUGCACAUAUAGCCCCAGCUGCAUCUUGUAAUGUGCACAACCCUUUCUAUGGGGAAUAAGGCUAGGCUCCUAUGUUAAGGCGCAUUUCAGUUAAUAGAGGCAUUAUAAUAGAAUGCUAAAGCUUAUUGCUAAAAUACUUUAUUAGGAAAAAGCCUUAUUUUAAAUGCAAACCUGAUUUGUACAUGCUGUACUAAAUAUAUGACAGACAGACCUAUCUAGUUUUUGUGACUAGAAGGAAGACUCAUAGGGAAAUUAUCCAUAAUUUGGGAGGGGUUGCCAGGAACUUCUUGCAGUUAAAAGUCUCUCAACAGGGAGUUUUAAUAUCAAUAGCUCUUCCCAGAUUCAUCAGUGUUACCUAGGCAGGUUGAUACAUAGAAUUUCAUUCUUUGUAUAUUGAUGUAACAUGUCACUGAUUCUUCCUGGAGGAGUUGCUUUCCUGAGCCAAUUCAAAGACAUUUGAUAGAAAAGAAGACUUAUUGUGGUAAAAAUGCUUGGCACUUUUAAAUUUUGACAAUUGGUCCUUCCAUCUCAGGGCUUCUGAUUUUAUGUUAUCAUGUUAUACACUCUUCCCAUCUUCCUCGACUUCUGCCCGUGGGAGUGAACUAGAGGCUGUGCAGCCACGUGCUGUGCUUGAUUUCUAAUUUCAAUAGCAAGUAAUUGCUGUUCAUUUCUAAUUUGUACCACUAUGGCUAGUUCCCCCCCACCUGCCCAAGUUUUGUGUGUGUAUAUCUGGGUGAUUCUUAGUACUCCUCAUGCUGUGUCUCAGCAAAUGGUUUGGGAAAGGACAUGAAAGUAAAAAAGGGACACUUCAUUUAAAAAUGCAAACCUUCCCUCUGCCUUUUUAUUUUUAAAAUACUUGUAUUCAAAAGCUUGCACCCACAAGUUUUAGUAAUGUUUGCAAGCAUGCAUAAUUGGAUUUUUCUCAUAGAUGCAGAGAUUUCCUCUUGCUGUCACUCUUGCAGUUGCCAACAGAGGCUCAUAUGUCUUGACAAGAAGACAUCUGAAAGAUUUUCUGUUAGCCUAAUCUUGGGCCAGGUUCAGGAUUUAGCUAUAGCAACACUGACAGAGGGGAAUAAGAAAAUAGUAGGAGUGAAUAUUCCAGAAAGUUUUUGAACUUCCUUUUUGUAGCCCCACAACUCCCCUCUGCUUACUUGCUAUUGAAAUUUGAUAGCAAGUUGAUGAUGACACAGUCUCCCACAAUUUUCACUGGGAAGUUAAAGGAAACAGGUGUAUAAAGAUCUAAGAGGUUUACUGUUUACAGGCUUUUAAAAAUACAGAAGAACAUAAAAUGUGAAUAAAAUAAUGAGCAGGAAUCCUGCCCCCUCUAAUAAUGCUAUGAUACCAAGUUCCUGCCUGCUACAGUCCUCAGUAGAUUAAAAAAAAUUAACUGCAGCUCAGAUUUGACAAAUUGUGCAACAGAGAGGAAUGUCUGUCUACUAGAAACCUAGAAUAUAAUUUCAAAAUUGCACCUUUUCAAGAAAAGAAUUUAAGAAGUUCGAGAUGCAGAAAAUAUUAACUUGUUCAUAAGAUCUCAUAUUCUACAUUAAUGCAAUGUAAUCAUGGACUUUUACUGAGACACAACCCCAAUUUAUGAUUCCGUGUGACAAAAAAUGAAAAUACCCUACAAAAAUGAAUGGCUAUUAGUUAUAUUUGGGAUCAGUUCAUUCAAACCUCAUCUGAUUUCUCCUCUUCCAAAGUUUGUCCUGGGCCUUGGAUUUAACAAUGACCCAUUAUAGAACUGUUGCCCUGCUAGUCUAGUGAUUAAAUGUUUAGAGGCCAUUUCAAGCCAGAAGUUAUAACUGCACUCAAACAUGGAAAUCAUCAUACCAGCAUGCCAGGACAGUGAUUCAGUUUGCAGAUGAAUAUUGUAUACAAUUUUGCACUUGUCACUAGACCACAUAUUUCUUCUGAAGACAACUGUGUUGUUGGCUAACUUCAGUCUGCUCUAAGAAAGAAAAUAGUACUGUAGUACCUGUCUCACUGUAUUUGACUGUUUCAGUGUUUACCCAUUUCUUUUGCAAACUGUUCUGUAAAGAGUGUUAAGAUUAUUUAAGAUCUACUGCUCUGUGCACCACUAUUGAGCAGUUUGGCUUGCAAAAAUUCAUUUUUGAAUAAAAAAUAAAAAUAA